GCUACUUCCCCUGUAAUCUUUGCUUGUUCAUUUCCUCGCACCUCCUCCAGAGGCAGCAGGGAGAGCAGCAGACCAAGAACGGAAGGGCGUUUUCCUUCUCAAGCUUGGAACAAUGGGUCGUAUGCACAGUCGUGGUAAGGGUAUUUCUGCUUCGGCUCUUCCUUACAAGAGAACGCCGCCAAGCUGGCUGAAGAUCUCAGCUCAGGAUGUUGAAGAGAACAUCUGCAAGUUUGCCAAGAAGGGCUUGACACCAUCCCAAAUUGGUGUUAUUCUUCGUGACUCUCACGGUAUUGCUCAGGUGAAGAGUGUGACUGGUAACAAGAUUUUGCGUAUUCUCAAGGCCCAUGGUCUUGCUCCUGAAAUACCAGAGGACCUCUACCACCUUAUCAAGAAGGCUGUCUCAAUUCGCAAGCAUUUGGAGAGGAAUAGGAAGGAUAAAGAUUCCAAGUUCAGGUUAAUUUUGGUAGAGAGUAGGAUCCACCGCCUUGCUCGUUACUAUAAGAAAACAAAGAAGCUUCCUCCCGUGUGGAAAUAUGAGUCCACAACUGCCAGCACGCUUGUUGCUUAAAUUAAGAUAAUUGGUGAUGGUGUUGAUUACCAGCCUUGUUUGCUGGAUGCUUGGUGAUAGGAUGGAACUCCAAUCUUUUUCCUGUUGGUAAUUUUGAUAAUUGGUUUCGUUUGCUAUAAGUAGUUAGAUGUAUGCAUUUUGUAUCAUUUCAUUGUACUUCUGAGUUUGGUGACUCAUUGAGUACUGAGUUAAACUUAUUUUCUUAGGGAAGCCAUAAAGUGGAAAACUGGAAAAUUGAACAUUCGAUUCCUUUGGUUAUAAAAUUUUCAAAUCUUGCCCUAAACAA